AUGAAGGUAGCUUCCGUAUUGACGGCUGCGAUUGCUAUGCUUGGAUUGGUAUCCGCUGAAGAGAUGCCAUCUCCUUGGUCUUCCGGUCGUGAAGGUCCAGACUGGUUAUAUAGCUCAUUCUUCGUACCUGCAAGGAAACUUGGAGAUGUGUCGAGAGCUGCUGCCGCACCAGCGGCUGUUAAUGCAGCAGCUACCAAUACGACAAAGUUGGCUUCAGUGCCUACGAUAACUUCUUGUACGAAACCUGGUUUGAUGGCAUUAACUUUCGAUGACGGACCAUAUCAAUACACUGCUCAAGUUUUGGACGAACUCAGGAUAUUAGGUGUUCCAGGAACCUUUUUCGUCAAUGGCCAGAAUUACGCGUCGAUUUGGGAUUAUGGAGAUGUGGUUCGCCGUAUGUUGAACGAAGGCCAUCAGAUUGGAUCUCAUACAUGGGAUCACACUGACUGCCUAAACAUGGCCGAUGCCAAAUUCCAGUCUGAAAUUACGCAGCUUGAAAAUGCAUUGCAAUCUAUUGCAGGAAUCCGUCCAGCUUACUUUAGAUUUCCAUAUGGCGACUACAAUGCCCAUCUACUCACAUUGCUAGCUGACUAUGGGUAUCGAGCAUCAGUUUUAUGGAGUAUUGAUACUUUGGAUUACAACCAUGCACAACCAACGGCUGCAAACAUAGCCAACAGUAUGCAAAACGUGCAUAAUGCUUUGGAUCGUGCUUCGGCAGUGUCUAGUUCUUGGAUUGUGUUGGAACAUGAUGUUCAACCAGUGACGGGCAACGUUCAAGCAGAGGCUAAUCUGCCAGGCGGAUCAUAUUUGCAACAAGUCGUUACAUUAGGAAAGCAGAAAGGAUAUAGAUUCGUGACUGUUGCAGAGUGUAAUGGAGAUCCAAAUGGGGCUUACAGAUGA